AUGGUUCGCUCGCUCAAAGAAGACUCGUCCAACUCGGGUCAAGGCAAGUCCACCGCCAUCACCAAUCCCCGAGCAGCCAAGGCUCCGCAUUGGAGAAUCGAGUAGGUCCAUUUCCCAUUUUUAUUUAUGCGUUUAGGAAGAAGAACUACGUCCACAAAGACGCCAAUCCCGGCGAGUUCAAGGUCUACAUUCGAAGUCAGUUCUGCGAGUCUCCGUUGGAGGUGAGCUUUGCUUGGCUUGAUCAAGUGUAAUACAGAUUUUUUUUUCAAUUUCUUCGCGUUUAGGUCCGCUACUGCAAAGCCAAGUACUCAUCGAAGCCGGACUGUCGCGAUGAGCAGAUCAACGUGUUCCUGGACGAGUUGAAGGCCACCGGACUCGUCCCCGACAAGGGAAUGGACACCAUCAACCUGGCGGUGGACGCCAUUUUCUCGAUGAAGGGCGACUGCAAUUCGCUCCGCUCAAUGUUCGGCGCCGACUACAACAUCUACAAGAGGCAUGCCGCUAUCACUGUGCGCACCGCCAUCCCCGAAUACACCAACGUCGACAAGUUGCAGGGCGCUCAUCAGAUCUUGAUCUAUCCGAAUGAUUGGUCCAAGUUUUAG